GUCGAAGUUCAAGAAUUGUUGGAGGCUACGAAGCUAAUCCGGGACAGUGGCCAUGGAUGGCAGCGAUAUUUUUACAGACGAGACGGGGAAAACAAUUUUGGUGUGGAGGCGCUCUGAUCAGUGACAGCGUUAUUGUCACAGCAGCUCACUGCUUGUCGCAUCCUAGAGGUUUCAAGUACAGGCCGAGUCAGCUGACAGUAAGACUUGGAGAACACCAUCUGUAUUCUGACCAAGAUUUUGCUGCUCCACGUGACUAUGAAGUUCGGAGUUCAGUUCAGCACCCACAGUUCUUGAGAAACGGAUUUUACAACGACAUUGGUCUCAUCAAGUUGGAGGAACAGGUUCAGUACGAUACAUUCGUAGAUCCUGUUUGUUUACCAGACUCAGAAGAGUUCCGUCCUGUCGCCUUGAUUGGACAGAUUGGGACUGUGUUGGGCUGGGGAACCACAUCUUAUGGAGGGCGCAACAGUGGCUCUUUACACCAAGUUUCCAUGCCAAUCUGGGACAAUGAUGACUGCAACCGAAGAUAUUUUCAACAGAUUACAAGCGGGUUUCUUUGCGCAGGAUUUAUUGAAGGGGGGAAGGACGCUUGUCAGGGAGACUCGGGAGGCCCUCUAAUGGUCAGAAAUAGAAACAGGAGAUGGACUUUGGUCGGUGUGGUGUCGUUUGGAAGUCGAUGUGCUCAAGCUGGGUAUCCAGGGGUUUACACUCGAAUUACGGAGUAUAUAGACUGGAUAACACAAAAUGUUGAGAUAUAACUUCUCAAUAAAUUUGACCUCAAUUGUGUGGAUAUUUUUAAUAAUUACUAUUGUUUAAAGAUUUUGACUGUAUA